UUCUCGUGAUUUAUUUAUCUCUCAAAAACAUUCUCUCUCUCACUCCCUCUCUCUCUAAAAUGCCCACCACUAGUCGCCGGAAACCACCAAAAUAAACCCACCCACCCACCGUCAAUCCUACCAUCAUACCCAUAAAAAUAGCUAUGGCUACUAUUAAUAUUCAUUAUAUAUCUCCAAUUUUUCUUAUAUUUCUGAUUUUGAUAUUCAGUACUCACCAAGCCAAUACCGAGCCAACACAAGACAAACAAUCUUUACUCUCAUUUAUCAAUCAAGUCCUUCACGCUUCAAAAAUCAAAUGGAACACAUCAGAAUCAACAUGUUCAUGGACAGGUGUCACUUGUGACCCCACCAACUCAUCAGUUAUCUAUCUCCGUCUUCCCGGAAAAGGUCUUGUCGGUACCAUCCCACCGAACACACUCGGCAAGCUCUCUCAGCUCCGUGUCUUAUCCCUCCAUUCCAAUGGCCUUACGGGAUCCCUCCCUCCCGAUUUCAAAACUCUUUCUUUCAUUAGAAGCAUUUAUUUGCAAAAUAAUAAGUUUACUGGAGAUUUUCCACCCGAGUUAACCGGUCUGGCCCGGUUAACUCGGCUGGAUCUUUCUUUUAAUACUUUUAAAGGUGUCAUUCCUUUUUCGAUUAAUAACUUGACUCAACUUACUGGGAUUUUUCUACAAAAUAAUACUUUUUCUGGUCAACUUCCAAGCAUUAAUCCACCGAGUUUAAAUUCUAUCAAUGUUUCAAACAAUAACCUUAAUGGUUCCAUUCCGACAACACUGGCUAAGUUUCCUGCCACCGCAUUUUCCGGGAAUAUUAAUUUAUGUGGUUCUCCUUUGCCAUCUUGCAACACUUCAUUUUUCCCAUCUCCGUCACCGUCUCCGUCUCUAGUCCCGCCUUCGGAUGUUAAAAAAUCGUCGAAUAAGCUUUCGACAGGAGCGAUUGUCGCUAUUGUGGUUGGGUCCGUUUUAUUUCUUGCAGUACUUUUAUUGAUUUUAUUAUUAUGUCUGCGAAAAAAACGGACCCAACAAAAUAAACAACUGGCAUCAAAGAUGCCAGUACAGACGUCAGCAGCUGGGGUCCCAGCUUCUAGAGCUGCAACCGAAGCUGGGACGUCGUCGUCAAAAGACGAUAUAACUGGCGUCUCUAAUGAUGGGGAAAGGAAUAAGUUAGUGUUUUUGGAAGGGGGGAUUUUUAGUUUUGACUUAGAGGAUUUGUUAAGAGCAUCAGCUGAAGUUUUGGGAAAAGGCAGCGUUGGGACAUCUUAUAAGGCGGUUUUGGAAGAAGGAACGACGGUGGUUGUAAAAAGAUUGAAAGAUGUUGUUGUGACAAAAAAAGAAUUUGAUAUGCAAAUGGAGGUUUUGGGCAAAAUGAAGAAUGAAAAUGUGGUUCCAUUAAGAGCUUUUUAUUUUUCUAAAGAUGAGAAAUUGCUUGUCUAUGAUUAUUACCCUGCUGGAAGCUUAUCUGCUCUUCUCCAUGGGAGUAGAGGUUCGGGGCGGACACCACUUGACUGGGACCAUCGGAUGAGAAUUGCAUUGAGUGCCGCUAGGGGAGUGGCGUACUUACAUGUGGCUGGUAAAGUGGUUCAUGGCAACAUUAAAUCAUCAAACAUUCUUCUCCGACAAGAAACCAACAAAGAUGCUUCCGUGUCCGACUACGGUCUCAAUACGCUCUUUGGCGGGUCGAGCACCCCGAAUAAUCGUGUCACAGGGUAUAGAGCUCCCGAAGUUCUAGAGACCCGGAAAGUUACCUUGAAAUCUGAUGUGUAUAGCUUUGGAGUACUAUUAUUGGAGCUUCUAACAGGCAAAGCCCCAAACCAAGCGUCGUUGGGUGAAGAGGGGAUUGACUUGCCACGGUGGGUCCAGUCAGUCGUUAGAGAAGAAUGGACAGCCGAGGUAUUCGAUGUGGAGUUAAUGAGAUACCAGAAUAUCGAAGAAGAGAUGGUUCAGUUAUUGCAAAUAGCAAUGGCAUGUGUGUCGACAGUGCCAGACCAACGACCAAGCAUGCAAGAAGUGGUGAGGAUGAUGGAGGAUAUGAAUCGGGCUGAAACAGAUGACGGGUUAAGACAAUCAUCUGAUGACCCGUCAAAGGGAUCAGACGGGCAGACACCUCCAACAGAGUCCCGAAACUCACCCAAUACCGUCACACCAUAAACCCAAACCAUUGGUGUGAAAAUAGAGUAGAGAAUUAUUUUUUACAGAGAUUUCUUCUUUUUGUGUUUUUUCUUAAUUGUUUAUCUUAAUAUUUGAAUAUGAUCUUUAUGGGUCGGGCCGGUCUGGUUGUAUGGGAGUUGAUUGAAAAUUAGUUGUUUAUGUCUUAUUCUUUGGUAAAUCUCGAGUAAAAAAACAAGAUUCUUGCA